AUAUAUCUGAUCCAACAGGGAUAACUUUACAAGUAAUUAUUGGCAAAAGAGAAACUCCUGUUAACGGUACUCCAGUUGACUUUAUGAAUAUUUAUUGUGAUGCUUGGAAUGGUGAUCCAAAUUUACGUCCUAGUAUAGCCGAAAUCCGUGAUAAAUUAAAUUAUAUACGAAUGGUUCCAGUUUAUCACAGUGAAAAAGAUAUUAAUAUAGGUAUUUCGAGUAAUGAUGUAGAAUUGGAUUCAUCUAAACUAGAUGAUGCUGAUGAUAGCAUUCAAGAUACGAAUUUAAUAGCAACUUAUCGCAUGAUGAACAAAUACGAAGAAUCAUUAGAAGAUUUAAAUAAAUCAUUAGAAAUUAAUCCAACUAGUGCAUUUGCUUUAGACAAUCGUGAAAAGGUUUAUAAACUAUUAAAUAAAAGAUCUAGAUUUAAGCUUUGGUAA